AUGGCCCGCAUCAUUGACCUGGUGCCCUGGGAGGACGGCUCCACCCACGUGUACGCGUCCCCGGCCAUCCUGCUGCCCAUGGCGCGGCGGCGCAACCAGCUGGCCGGCGUGAAGCAGCAGCUCUACCACCCGGCCCUGCCCACCCUGCGCCGCAUGGACAUGGACUCCGUCAGGGCCUGUCUUUCCGAUGAGCACUGCCAGUCCACCACCUACUGCCGCAAAGAUGACUUCGACAAUGCCUACUUCACACUCCUCGGUGUCCCCAACAAACCCCUCCAGUGCUUGGACAUCACAGCGACCGGCCAGAGCCUCCGAAAUAGGUGCCGCGAGGGAAAGCUGGCGCCCAUCGCACCCGGCAUCAACAGGGUUGACUGGCCCAACUUCACGCGCGCCAUCGAGGACUGGUCCCGCUUUGUGUCCUCUGCCGGCGAGUUCAAGCUGCCCUGCCCGAGCAAGAAGGUGGAGAGUUUCAGCGGCUACGCUGUGCGGUACUUGAAGCCGGAGGUGACCCAGAACUGGCGGAGCAUUGGCGGGUGUGUGUGUUGGGGGGGUGGGGGGGGGAAGGUCCCUGUCCCCUCUACUCAACGGAUCUCCCAUCCCUCUGGCCCGCCCUAGUUCUGUCUUAACCAGAAUCCCAGCCUGGACCGCUAUGGACAGAAACCCCUGCCUUUCGACUCCCUGAAUGCUUUCCGACGCUUCGGCUCGAUAUACAGGUAG